AUGGGAGUACUAUAAAUACACCCCACCAUAUAUAUGUAUAGCUCCAUCACAAUUCAAACAUAGACCACAUCAAUUACAUAAUACAAUAGUAAUACGUCAAAGUGAUAUAUAUAGCAUGUAUACAAAAACAAUGGGGGCGGGGAGAGCGGCCGCGGUGACGGCGGGUUGUGCGCUUCUCGCGGUGGUGCUGAUGGCGGCCGGUGCAGCGGCACAGAGCGCCACCAACGUGAGGGCGACGUACAACAACUAUAACCCGCAGAACAUCGGGUGGAAUUACAACACGGCGAGUGUGUUCUGCGCAACCACCGACGCCGGCAGGCCGCUUUCGUGGCGGCAGAAGUAUGGUUGGACCGCCUUUUGUGGGCCCGCCGGGCAAUCCGGCCAAGCUGCCUGCGGAAAGUGUCUAAGAGUGACUAACACGGCAACGGGCGCUCAGGUAACGGUGAGGAUCGUGGACCGGUGCUCGAACGGAGGGUUGGAUUUGGACGUUAAUGUGUUCAACCAAUUGGACACUAACGGAGACGGAGUCCGUCAGGGCCACCUCACAGUCAACUACAGCUUCGUCAACUGCAACGACUAAGUCAACGUUAUUCCAAAGAUUAUUUAUUUUGGGUUGGCAAAAAACAAAUAUUGUAAUAAAGGAAAUUUAUACUCCGUGGGUUCCAUGUGUACUUGUAUUAAUAAAUGGAAUUGAAACCUCCUCAAAAUAAGACAUUAAACUUAGCUUAUUAUUUAAAAUAGAAUUUGUAAUGUCAACAUAUUAUGCAAAAUAUACUAUGAAAUACCAGUAAAUAAUACUCCUUAUCACAUCAUAAUAAUCUUAUUUUGUAAAUAAAAAUAUGUAACGUUUAUCCAGAUAUAUACUAUAUAGACUAUAUUUUGUUAUUAUUUUGGGUGAUUUUUGUAUAAUAAACUAUUGAUAUUGCGACAAGAAUGUAAGACGACAAAAAAUGGGUACAAAGUGG